UUAAUGACGUAUAUACCUUACUCCGAUAUUAUUUCGAUACACUUGUGAAUUUAAAAAACGAGACAGUCGCGUGAUUAAUUGUUUUUUAGUAUAAUCUCAUUUAAAACGCGAAUAACGAUAACAUGGAGCGACCCGCGUUGUUAUCUUGUCGAAUCGAGUCUCGCCGAGUGACUGACUGACAAGGCCAGAAGAACGUAUGUAUGUAAAUAAUAGCGCACACGUGUACGUCGUAGACGCCAAAUCAAUCGUUAUCGCUACGAAAUAUUUAACAUAUUCAAAUAAAUAUAUACUAAAUAUUCUGUGUCACUGACGUCACAAAUUAAUUUCAAUGGGCUGCUAUUGUACACUUUGUUUUGUAGUCAGCUGUACACGUUGCUAUUGGCAACACAACAUAAACAUAGUUCUUCGUCCUUCGUCCUUCAUUGAAUACUUUUUAGUAUCAUAUUGAGAGCGAGAAGAGUCUCAUCGCAGUGUGCUUUAAACAUAGAUUAACAGGAGAAAUAGACGUUUGAAUGUGAGACAAUGUGAGAGCGAAUAAUAGAAAAUAAUUUACAUCAAGAUAAAAUUUUCUAUUUAUUAAAUUCUAUAUAUAAAAGAUAAAAUGAUUGAUUUGGAACAUGAUAUAUCGAAAUUUGGAGAGGAAAAUCGUAUUACUCUUCAGGAAUAUAGGGAUAUGUACAAGGAAAUUAAAGAAGAUUUAAAUUUUUGCAAUACAAAUCAAGAUGACAUUCGUUCCAAACUUGAAGCUCUGUAUAUUGAAAGUAAAAAUAGCAGUAAUGCUAUGCGUGAUUACAUCUCAGGUAUACAUUUGGAAGAAUGUUGCAAUAAAGAUGUACAAGUAAUUACAAAUUUGAAAGAGCAGAUUGCAACUUUGAGAACAGAAAAAGAUUCUGCGCUUCAGAUGGUACAGGUAUUGUGGAAAACUGUAGAUGAAUUACAAUCGGAACAAAAAUUAAGAAUUGAUCAAAUAAAUUGCAAAGAUGUAAAAUUGUAUGAAGAGCAAUUAGAAAUUGUUAAACAACAAUAUUCAGAAGUUAUAAAAGCUUUAGAAAAUAAGUUGCUUAAAAUUAAAGAUGAUUUUGCAAAGCAACAAUCUCAAUGGAUAACAAGUAAGGAAACAAUAGAAAUAUUAAAGCGAGAAAAACAAGAAAUAGAAAAUAAUCUUCAGGAUUUUCAACGAACUGUUCAACAGAAAGAUAAGAAUAAUCAACAUAUAAUACAAUCAUUAACAGAGGAAUUAUCUACUGCAAAAGCAGAGAUACAGAGACUAAAUAACUUAAAUUCAAACUCGGAGAGAAAACUGAACGAAAGCAAAAAAGUUGUCAAUAAUAUUAUGACAAAAAAUGAAGAAAUAAAAUGUAAGAUGGCCGAAGCCCUUGAUUUAAUAGAAUAUGCAAUAAAAGAGAAAGAUGUUGUGCUUGAGAGAGAAGCAAAAGUUGUAGAGCAAAAUAACAAGUUAGAAGCUCAAUUAAUUUCGAUUACCAAAGAACAUACUAUUAAGAUGCAAGAGGAAAUUGCAAAAUUGAAAGAUGCUCAUGAGCAUGAUGUGAAGAAAUAUUUACUAGAAAUUAAAGAGUUGAGGUCAAAAUUACAAGAAAAUGUAAUGUUAUUGGAUCGAUCACAAAGAGAAAACAAAUUGUUGGAGAUAGAAAUGGAAAAGAUGCAACAGUCUACUGCAAAUUUAUUGGAAAAAUCAGCUGCCAAAAUUCUUCAAAAUGUAAACUUUGACCAAACAUCUAAAUAUGUAGAUUCCAAAACUUGUAAUGAAACGUGCAAGUUACAUAGUUUGGAAAUGCAACAGUUGCAGGAAAAAAUUAGUAAUUUGGAAGAAAACUUAAUAAUUUCGAAUAAUAAGCUAAAACAAAUUCAGCAACAAAAUCCUAUGAAUCUACAAGAUUGCAUAAAAUUAUCUGAGGAAGGGAUGAGGGAUGUCAUUGACCGUUAUAAUCAUUUAGAAAGUCAAUUAAUUAAAGCUACAACUGAUAAGGAAUCCCUCACAACUAAAUUAAAAUCAUUACAGUCGGCUUUCGAUUGUGAGAUAAGUAAAAGAGAUAAUGAACGAUGUACGUUAGAAAAUAAAAUCCGUGAAUUAGAAAUGAAUCUUGAGAAAGAAAAAAACACAAGAGAAAAUAAAUCAGGCACUAGUAUUUGUCCGGUACAAGUUUCCUCUCAACAUUGCACAGAUACGAUAAGUAAACAUACUUUGGAUAUACGUAUUAAAAAUAUGGAUCACAAAUGGGACCUUUUGUUAGCUGAAAAAAAGAAAGAUCAACAAGAUUUUGAUAAAAAAUUGGAAGAAAUGAAAUAUCAUUUAAAAGUUCAUCAAGAAUUAAAUAAAAGUUGGGCUAAUGAAGCAAAUGCAAUGAUUGAAAAAUUUCAAGUAAAAUUUAAGAAAUUACAUGGACAAAUAAAUAUAUUGCAAAAAAAAAAUACUGAACUGGAAAAUAAACUCCUAUAUUUUGGUGAAAAUUAUGCAGCUAGACCAAAUAAUGGAACUUUGUAUAGUGUUAUAAAAAAUGAGACUAGAUGACAAUAUCUUAUACAUACUAUAGAACAGUUAGAUCUCAUACAUUCUAUAAAUAUUAGGACAAUUGAUUUUUUUAUUCAAUAAAGAGAUACAAAUCUCAAGCAA